GGGAAUAUGGUCUAUUCCGUGUUUCUUCCCCCUUCCUUUUUUGUUUCUCACCUGCUCUCUAAAUUCGAUUCUUCUUGGCUUUCUUGGAGCUUUAACCCUAACCUUGGUCCUCGAUCUCCAUCACCCUCGUUCGAUCGCUCGCUGGAACGCUAACCCUAGGGAUCAAUCUCGCCAUCCUUCGGUCCAUCGAUCUCGUGCUCUCUUGCUGAAACCCUAAUCCUAGGAGUCGGAUCGGAUCGAGUGAUCGAUGGGGAACACGGAGAAGCUGAUGAAUCAGAUCAUGGAGCUCAAGUUCACGUCGAAGAGCCUCCAACGGCAGGCGCGCAAGUGCGAGAAGGAGGAGAAGGCGGAGAAGCUGAAGGUGAAGAAGGCGAUCGAGAAGGGCAACAUGGAUGGCGCCCGCAUCUACGCCGAGAACUCCAUCCGCAAGCGCAACGAGCAGAUGAACUACCUCCGCCUCGCCUCGCGCCUCGACGCCGUCGUCGCCCGCCUCGAUACGCAGGCCAAGAUGCAGACCAUCGGCAAGUCCAUGGCCUCCAUCGUCAAGGCCCUCGACUCUUCCCUCGCCACCGGCAACCUCCAGAAGAUGUCCGAGACCAUGGACCAGUUCGAGCGCCAGUUCGUUAACAUGGAGGUCCAAGCCGAGUUCAUGGAGGGCUCGAUGGCCGGAUCCACCUCCCUCUCCACCCCCGAGGGCGAGGUGAACAGCCUCAUGCAGCAGGUCGCCGACGACUAUGGCCUUGAGGUCUCCGUCGGCCUCCCCCAGGCUGCCGCCCACGCCAUCCCCACCAAGGAGAAGGAGAAGGUCGACGAGGACGACCUCUCCCGCCGCCUCGCCGAGCUCAAGGCCAGAGGCUAGCUUCAUUGGAUCAAUUUUAGUAGGGUAAGAUCUCUCUUCUUCUUCUUCUUCUUUGUGAAAAGGAGAAAAAGAGAAUCUUUUGACAUGUCAUAUAAUUAUAUGCGUGCUUGUGUUGAAUACUUCUUGGUAUGGAUGCUUUGGAUUCUCUUCAUUGUUAAAGCUUUGAUUUUUAGGCAUGGAUGUGGAACGAUGGACCAAAUGCCUGUGUAAAUCUUAUCAUAUGGACUUGAUACCGAUCUGUGUCGUGUUAGUAUUUAUAUUUUCUCCCCA